AUGGGCUGCCUCUUCUACUUCAGCUCUACUAUAUUAAUGAAUUUAUGGGGCGAAUCCCCCUUCUUCUUCGACAGAUUGGCACUAAAGACCGAUCUACCUCUUCUCAACUGGUACCAAAAAGGAAUUCUCACUACUUCUUUGGCUAUAAGCCCAUUCCUGCUAAGGACUACCUUUGCUACCUGUCUUCAUACACAAGAUCUUAGAAAGAAAAACUGGUUAUUUAGCUCGACUUUCCCACUGAUCAGCUCUGAAAAUGCCUCUUUUCCCUUUAGUCUGGCCACACGUCUGUACUAUAUAAGAUAA